AUGGCGUUACCCAUCAUCGCCGGAGCAGCAGGCACAGCAGCCCUUGCCGCCUACCUCAACGCGAAACACCAUAUCGCCCACGACCUCAAGCAUGCCCGCGGCGGUCUCUCGCCGACGCAAGAUGUCGUCGACUUCAUGACCGAUCGCGCAGUUCGAAAACGCGCCCUCACGUACCAUGUCUUCGAAGACCAGGUCCGCAAACAACCAACUCACCCGUUCCUCAUCUUCGAAGGCAGAACGUGGUCAUACAAGGAGUUCUUUGAUGCGUUCACGAGGGUGGGGAAUUGGCUGAUAGAGGACCUGGGUAUACAAGCCGAUGAGGUAGUUGCUAUGGAUGGUGGGAAUAGUCCAGAGUAUCUGAUGCUCUGGUUUGCUCUGGAUGGGAUUGGAGCUAUUCCUAGCUUCGUCAAUUGGAAUCUCACUGGAACGGGAUUGGUGCAUUGCGCGAGGAUAUGCAACUCCAGAUUCCUCAUCGCAGACGCCGAUGUCAAAAGCAAUGUCGAGCCAUGCCGUACGGACCUUGAAGAGACAGGCGUAAAGAUUCACUACUACGAUCCCUCCUUCUUCGCGUCGCUACCGAACUCGACACCCAUACCAGACGCACGCCGCGACCACGUUACUAUAGAGUCCCUCCGCUCGCUGAUGUAUACUUCUGGAACGACCGGACUGCCCAAAGCCGUGACUUUGAGCACUGGUCGCGAGCUCUUGACAGGCUACAGCGCCGCGAAAUACCUUGAGCUUAAGCCAGAAAGCAGGAUGUACACAUGUAUGCCGCUCUAUCACGGAGCGGCACAUGGCCUUUGCGUCACACCGAUAGUUCAUUCGGGCGGUACAGUCGUAUUGAGCCGGAGGUUUUCGCACAAGACCUUCUGGCCUGAGGUCGCAGCUUCAGAUGCGGACAUCAUUCAGUAUGUCGGCGAGCUCUGCAGAUAUCUACUCAACGGCCCACCGAGUACGCACGAACGGAGACACAAGGUGCAGAUGGCAUGGGGCAACGGUAUGCGCCCUGAUGUAUGGGAACCCUUCCGCGAACGUUUCAACAUACCCAUCAUCAACGAAUUGUAUGCCGCUACGGAUGGACUGGGUGCGACAUUCAAUCGCAACGCUGGUCCCUUCACGGCGAACAGCAUAGGUCUCCGAGGGCUGAUUUGGAACUGGCGAUUUAGCGACCAGGAAGUGAGAGUGAAGAUGGAUGUCGAUACCGAGGAGAUUAUGAGAGAUGCGAACGGCUUUGCGAUCAGAUGUGGAGUGAACGAGCCCGGCCAGGUGCUGCACAGAUUGACUCCGGAGACUGUGGCUACUUCACCAGGCUACUACAACAACGAAGGUGCCACGGAGAAUAGGAGGAUUAGGGAUGUGUUCGAGAAGGGCGAUAUAUGGUUCAAGUCCGGCGAUAUGAUGCGACAAGAUGCGGACGGCCGCGUCUUCUUCGUCGACCGUCUCGGUGACACAUUCCGUUGGAAGUCUGAGAACGUAUCGACAAACGAAGUGGCCGAUAUGCUCGGCAAGUUCCCACAGAUUGCUGAGACAAACGCAUACGGCGUUCUCGUCCCUGGAUACGACGGCCGAGCAGGCACUGCAUCCAUCGUCAUGGCCGACGGAGUCACAGAGUCGACAUUCAACUUUGCAGCUCUGGCGAAGCAUGCAAGAGCAGUCUUGCCGAGUUAUGCAGUGCCGCUGUUUCUAAGGGUGACGCCUGCAUUGGAGUAUACGGGCACUCUGAAGAUUCAGAAGGGUAGGCUGAAGAAGGAAGGGGUUGAUCCGGAUAAGAUCACUGGAGAGGAUAAGCUGUAUUGGCUACCCGAGGGUAGUGAUCGGUAUCUUCCAUUCACGAAGAAGGAUUGGGAGGCUCUAUUGGAUAAGAGGGUACGAUUAUCAUAG